UGAAUAAAGACCUCGUACGUCGGAUUUAAAAUACAAAAGUCAGCAUUCAGGAUGGUUCAGAAGGAGCCGGCAUGAGGAUCGUGUGGCGUUGUAAAACGAAAACAUGUUAAAGAUGUGCUGAAUUUUAUUCUCGUUGCAAUUUACACAACUAAAAAUGUUAAUCAUUAUGAUUAUGUGAAAAUAAAUCGUUUAAACGUAAUAUUUUGGACCUUACACGGUAAAAGAAGCAGGUUUUCUCCGAUUAAGAGUCCUGUUGCUGCAAUGGUAACAAUAACGAAAUUCGUGCUCGUCGCAACCCUCUAUGGUAUUUUCACUGAGGUAACAGCAUCACGUGUACUGGAGUUAAGUGACAGGUUCUUGGACAUCCAUAAAGAUGGACAAUGGCUAGUAAUGAUGUAUGCACCAUGGUGUGCACACUGUAAACGUUUGGAACCAAUUUGGGCUCAUGUUGCACAACAUUUACAUGCAACAUCUAUAAGAGUAGGCCGGGUUGAUUGUACUAGAUUUACAAGUGUAGCUCAUGCAUUUAAAGUUAAAGGAUUUCCAACAAUUCUGUUUUUAAAAGGUGAGCAAGAAUUUGUAUAUCACGGGGAUAGAACGCGAGAUGAAAUAGUAAAAUUUGCAUUGAGAGUAAGUGGUCCACCUGUCCAAGAAAUAACAAAAACUCAAAGUUUUGAAACAAUAAAAAACGAACGCGAUUUAUAUUUCUUGUACGUUGGAGAAAGAUCUGGAUUAUUAUGGGAAUUUUACCAUAAGACUGCAGAUGUGUUUCAGCCACAUGCAUUUUUCUAUCAGUCUCAUCCAAAUGUUGUCAGUCAGCAUGCUCCUGUAAAAAAGACUCCGGCAUUGUUCGUUUACAAAGAAAAUUUGCAUUAUAAUUUUACUGGUCAUGAUAUAGAUGAUAUAGAAAAAUUAAAUGAAACAGUAUACAAAUGGAUAAACGCAGAACGUUUUCCUACAUUUCCGAAAGUUACACGAGGAAAUAUAAAUCAAUUGUUUCUAACAAAUAAAAAUCUGGUCUUGGCAGUGGUAGAGGAAAAUCAGUUAGAAGAAGUACCUCCCCAUAUGACACAGUUCAAAGAUAUGGUAGAAUCUAUAAUUAAAAGUAAACGAGGAAAAUAUCACGAUCAUUUUCAAUUUGGUUGGAUAGCUAGUCCUGAUUUAGUCAAUAGUAUAGCAAUGAUGGUUUUGCCAUUACCAAGUUUAAUUGUUAUUAACACUACAACAAACCACCAUCACAUUCCAGAGGACGAAACAGAAAAACUGACUCCUCACGUGAUAGAGUUGUUUCUAGAGCAGAUUCGGAAUGAAAGUGCUCCGCGAUAUGGCGGAAACAGUUGGUUAAUACGUAUUUAUAGAUCAUGGUUCGAACUAAAAACAACUCUUACAGCGAUGUGGAUGGGUAAUCCCAUCUUGACAAUGGUUUUAUUUGGUUUACCAGCUGGAUUUUUAUCGUUAAUAUGUUAUGGUAUCUGUUGUCCAGAUAUUUUAGACGCAGACGAUGAUGAAGAAGAUCAUCCAGGAGCAAAUCAUAUGAAAAAAGACUAACAAUAAAACUAAUUGGUUCUUGUAUUGUUGUAUUAGACUUAAGAAAUUUUUUUAAAGAAAAGAGGAUGUAUAUUUUAUUUAGCUUUUUACAUUUCGUAAUUUUAUUUAGUUAGAAUUUAUAAAAAAUUCUGAAUUUCUGAUACUUUAUUUAUUAUUUUUUGGUGUGAAAAAUUGUAAUAUCGAUUGUUUACGUAGUUGACAAAGUGAAAAUAUUCUAUACGUUAGAUAGAAUAAUAUUAAAAAUAAAUUAUCUUGGGUAAACGGAACUUUCGCAAGACAAUACUAAUUAUACAAUUAAACAAGCUUUUUUAAAUCUCUCCGAGGAUUUGUCUUGUAUUGUAAGUAAAUGAAAUAUAAAACGUAUUAAAAAAUUAUGUAAAGAAUAUGAAUGGUAAAUAAUGUUCCGUGAAAUUGUAUUUGAAACCAAAAAUGUAUAUUUGUUUGUAUAAAUAUAUUGAAAUACUACGAAAUGUUUAUGUAAGUUGCCACAUAUAAAUUUUUUUAGAUGCUCGAUUUAAAGCAUCUAAAAACGAUUUUUCUUAAAAACAGAAAACUAUUGUGUGAUUUGAAUAUGUAUUUAUUUAUAUUAAAUAAAGAAAGGUGAUAAUUUAAA